AGUAUCCGACGGCACCUCCCUUAUGAUCAUAAAACCGUAACGUCCGAUGGAACCAGGCACAGUGUUUAACAGUGUCGCUGGUGGUCAUCUUCACAAUGGGCAAGGAGAAGUUUUUAUUUGUCUUAGUGAUCAUUGCCCAUGGUGUCGCGACUUAUACCGAUGACGAGGCAUACGAAGAAGAGAAGAUGAUCUACAAAUCUGCCCUAGAGUUUGCCAAAGAGUGCGGUGCUAAAGAAAUGUCGCUUUGUCUCAAGGAAAAAGCAUUGCGAUACAUCGAUUCAUUGCCCAGUGAAAUGGAAAUCGGAGGAGUGAAAAUUAAGUCAAACGGAGCUCAUCCUCGAAGAGAACCUCUAGAGAAACUACCGGAAGAACCAAGAGCCCGCGAGAGCGCACUAGAAAGCAUCCUUUGGGAAAGGAUCGGAGAAUACCUCAGCACGCACUCCUUAGAGAUCCAAUUACCUAAGGAUUCGAUGCAGGGCCUUGAAAAGGGAACCGAGGAAGGCCGUGGUAAAGGAGGCGGGGGCGGCGGCAAGAAAGGCGGCGGGGGCGGGGAUCGAAUGAAAGGUAUGAUGAUGAUGUUAAUGAUGAAAGCGGCGAUCUUGGGGGCGAUAGCGUUGAAAGUCAUCGGAUUGAUAGCGUUCAAGGCGCUGCUGCUAGCGAAAAUCGCUUUCACCAUAUCAGCAGUUAUCACACUCAAGAAACUAUUGGAGCACAAGCAUCACACCUCGACGUACGAAGUGAUAGCGGCUCAUCCCCACCACGAUUUUGAUAGGUCGUUUAUUCCCGAUCAGUUGGCUUACAAAGGGUACGACGGGGUAGGAAGAAAUAUUCACUGAUAUGAAAGGUGACGGUCGGAACUUUUGGGAUCUACGUGCGAAGUGAAAUUAAUAAGAUUCGGAAUUACUAUUCGCGUGAAUAGCGGUUCGGGAAUCUAGCGAAAUGCAAAAAAUUUGUGAAUUAUUUCCAAUAAUUUCUUGACAAGGAUGGAGGAUGACAAUUCUAUCAGUACUGAAUUUGGUCGAGUCACAUCGCUCUUUUUGUCAGGUCUUAUGUACUCAUACCUAAACCCUAACGUGUUGCCUAGUAUUACUUUUUUCUCAAAUAAGUUGCCAUAUCUGGGAUUACAUCAAUCAAAUACAACCUGAAAAAAUGUUUUCUAGACAAAAAAUUCUCUCACUUGGUAAUAUUUGAUAUAAAAUGAUAUUUUCAUUCUAUAAAUCUUUCCUACCUUGCUAAAGCUUGACUGGAAAGUGUGAAGGAAGAAUCAUGUAAUUCUAGGUGCGAUGCGAAAUGGGUAUAAACUCAAUAUUUAAGUGUUUGAUAUGUCGCACAAAACUCGUACAAUAACGUUUCCUUAAUCUGUGUAAUUUAUUGCUACCUUGAGUUUGUGUAUUUCCAUUUUCACCAACUAACACCCUUUUUAAAGAUUUAGAUUCUCUCCAUUAGCAGUAGUGUUGAAUAUUACGGGUAGCUUCAGAUUACAGAUCUUACUUUCCAAAUCCAGGUCAAAUUAUAGCUUCUAAGAAGGAAACAAAAACUGGCCAAAGCUGCUACCGGAUUGAAUGUUUGCACUUCAACUUAUGUCGCUCAUAAAUCAUUUUUUGAAUAGUUUUGGUUAGUUGUUGCUACUGUCGUCAAUUCUCAAAAAAGAAUUUGACCUGAUAUAGAUUUGUACGGCACAAAAUCGAGCUUGUUUCUAUAAUUAAUAUCUAUAGUAUAGGUUUCUUUAAAAUUAGCCCAUCUGAUUUUUAUACACAGCCCAGCAGGUUAUAGUACUUAAUGUCGCAAUCAAAAUUAAUUUUUUGACUACUUAUCAAACCCAUAGUUUUCUUGACGAAAUAGUAGUCUUGGGUUGAAGAAUUCAGAUGUACAUAUUUAAUCAUUAAUAGUCUAGUUACUACCAUACUACACAAGAACAUAAUGGUGAAGGGUUAAUUUGAGUUCAACCUAACCUAUAAUACAAAAUUAACGUUUAACUUGAUUUAACAGUGUAGAUGAAUCGAAAGAUCUUUUUUUGCCAUUGGUGUUUAUUCUUUUGCAUCUUAACUUUAAUUUCCCGAAUUUUAUGCGUGGCAGAAGUAUCCCAGUACGUAACCGUAAACCAACGUUAAACCGAACGAUUUAAUGAAGGAAAACAAUUCCAACCAGACAGUUUACGAUCCUUUUAAGCGAGUGCCACCGCCUAAGUCGUAAUGUCGAAUAAAUCGAAUGCAGAUAAUCGUUCCGUUUAAACGCCGGUUAAUAAACACCAUUCAUUUUUUGUCGAAGGAGUAUCAUAUGGCGCACCGCACGUUAAACCGGUAUUUAUUUUAUUAUCCAGGAUAUCUACGUAGAUCUUUUUACCGUAACUGUAUUUCGUAGGUCAGAGGAAUGCGCGAACGCGAUUUUGUAGAUCUUAGUAUUUAUUUAAGUACUUAUUUAAUGUAUUUUACUGGAACGUUGUUAAAUAAACGAUGUCGCAUUCAG